AUGGCAACUGCAAAGACAUCGACUAUAGUAGGGGCACUCGCAUGCCAAAAAGAUUCAUUUUUGAAAAGUCUUGAGACUCAAGUUGUGUCUUGCUCAGAAUUCUUAACCAAGAACGAUUCACCAUUAUAUAAGGUUGAGAUGGUAGACUCGGUGUGUUUCCCCGAGGGUGGUGGACAACCAUGUGAUGAAGGAUUUAUAACAACAUUGGAUGGUAAUAAAAUUCCACUUAAAUCUGUUAUUAGAGAAAAACUAAAAGCUUUACAUAUAAUUGAUAAGCCAUUAGAUAUAGGUUCUUCAGUUAAAUUAAUUAUUGAUUGGGAUAAAAGAGUAGAUUAUAUGCAACAACAUACCGGUCAACAUUUAUUAUCUGCAGUUUUUGAUCAAUAUCAAUUAGAAACUUUAAGUUGGAAAAUGGGAGAGCAAAUAAAUUAUAUUGAAUUACCUAAGAAGAUAGAUGAUAAAUUAGUUGAAGAAGUUCAAUCAAAAGUAAAUCAAUUGAUCUUUGAAUCACAUCCUAUAGAAGUCACUACAGAUGAUUCAGAACUUGAUACAAGUCAUAUUCCUGAAGAUUAUGAUCAAGAUGAAGGUAUUGUACGAAUUGUUAAAAUCGGAAAUAUUGAUGCAAAUCCAUGUUGUGGAACUCAUUUAAAAAACACUUCUCAAAUUUUAUCAAUUGUUUUAUUGAAUCAAGUUUCUGUCAGAGGUGGUCAUUCAAGAUUAUUUUUCACUUGCGGAUAUCGUGUUUCAAAAUUAACUUCCAAUUAUUACAAUAUAUUAAAAACUGUUUCAGGUGUUCAGUUAUCGUGUCAAAUUGAAGAUGUUACAAAUAAAGUCGAUCAAUUAAGUACCAAUUACAAAAAGGCUAACUCUACAAUUGCAAAUUUAAUCAAAGAAUUGGCGAACAAUAAAGCCACUGAAAUAUAUGAUAAGUUUUCAAAAGAUGAAAAUGCAAUUGCGUAUGUUUAUAGAGAAGAUAAUAAUCCAGAAUUCUUAACUUCAGUUCAAAAAGAGUUAAUGACUAUGAUCAACUCAAAAAAAUCGAAAGAAAUUGAUUUAUCAACUAAACAAACUUUAAUACUAAUUAAUGGGAAUCAUCAAUCAAAUGGAGGUAUGAUUAAGAUUUUGGGUCCAAAAGCGACUGAUAUAUCUACAGAAUUGAAACAAAGAAUAGGAAAUUUAAAAGGUGGUGGUAAAGGUUCUACAUAUCAAGGGAAAAUUACAAAAUAUGAUAAACCUGAAAUAGAAUCAGUUCUUUUAUAUUUAGAAUCAUUAUAG